UGACGUCGUUAGCUGAGUGUCUUACGCUCUGGGAGCUCCAAGAUAGCUUCGUGCGAGCGGAAGACGGCUACGAGAUGCCCGAAGUCUUCCGACAUAUCCAGGUUUCCUGCCGUUUUACCCAGCAUGGCAGUUCACGAUUGCAUCACUUGCGUUGCGAGGAGUAUUACGAAGACAGGGGCAGUGUUUCCUCGCUCACGAGGGUGGCUGCUUUGGGAAGCACAUGCGUCCCGAAAUCUCACCACCCAUAUUGCACCAUUUCGUCCUCUACGAUGCACGACGAGUACUUCCGAGUGGACUUCUAUCCAUUUCACUAUAUUGUCUUCGGAGUCCGAUCAGAAGACCCAUAGGGCUGAACAAGGCGCCCAACAGCCUCGAAAGUCUCCGCAGCUCCACAGCUCCACACUCACCACGCCACUCCAGAAAGUACACCUCACAUUCACAUACCGCCAGAUCUCUCUUCCACAUCACUCCCUACCCUCCUAAUCGCUUCCUCCAGCUCCUCCCCAUCCUCCGCCCUUCACAUGCCAUCCCUUGAGGUUCCCUCCACGUAACACAGCCAAGCAUAACACGCAGCAAAUAAUCCUGCAGAACAGUUUCUUCGCACCCUCG